UUCAUUUGGGAGAUCGUAGUUUUGUUCCGUGUCAACGAAAAUAGUAGCUAGCUAGCUACUCUAGCACUUGGCCACCGCAUAACUUUAGCUAAAAACACUUUAUUCCAGUAGCUCGCGUCCCUUCACUGCAUACGUUAUUUACCCCCAACAAGCAGGCUGUUUUUAGCAAAAUAACGAACUGGAGUUUACUUGCUAUAAGUGUAUCGGAACUUUUGAGGAGAAGCAUUUCAGCUAGCAAGCUGCAGCUGGAUAACGCGUUAGCAUAACUUGAUCGCUUGCUUGGCCAGUCGAGAUCUAAAUAGUCGUUAAUAACUGCAUCUAUUCACUAAUUUGAGGUGUCGUGGACCACUUUCUCGUCAAUCAAACAUAAGCUGCAAACAUUUAUUAGUUGCUAGCUACCGUUACUAUUUCGACGAGGAUCACUGAGAGCUAGCUAGCCCCAGUCACCUGAAUACUAUUAUUUUUCUGAAGACAUGAACUCCAAUGUAGAGAACUUGCCGCCCCAGGUUCUGCGUCUGGUGUACAAAGAGGUGUCUGCACUAGCUGCAGAUCCCCCUGAGGGCAUCAAGAUCUACCCCAGCGAAGAAGACAUCACAGAACUCCAUACAGCCAUCGAGGGACCAGAAGGAACCCCGUUUGCCGGGGGUGUUUUCCGAAUGCGCCUGGUUUUGGGGAAGGACUUCCCUGCUGCACCUCCGAAGGGCUACUUCCUAACCAAGAUCUUCCACCCAAAUGUGGGCCACAAGGGAGAGAUCUGUGUCAACGUCCUGAAGAGGGACUGGAGGGCAGAGCUGGGACUCAGACAUGUAUUACUGACUAUCAAGUGCCUUAUGAUCCAUCCCAACCCUGAGUCGGCUCUCAACGAGGAGGCAGGGCGUCUGCUCCUAGAGGACUAUACAGAGUAUGCGUCCCGUGCUCGCCUCCUCACUGAGAUCCAUGCCAUGGGGGGGCACGGAGGGACGUCGGGGGUGCCUCAGGACCCCGCCGAUGGCCCCCAGCCCAAAAAACACGCAGGGGACCCUACCAAGAGGGCGAUUGGGCCAGGGGUUGCCCCUUCUGCAGCUCUGGGUAACGGAGCCAAUGGAAGCAGUAGUAGCAGCAAUAGUAAUGUUGUAGGGAAGAAGAAAACGGAUAAAAAGCGAGCGUUGAGGCGACUCUAAUGCUGCUAGGAGACUUCUCAGUGUGUGUGUGUGUGUGUGUGUGUGUGUGUGUGUGUGUAUAUAUAAAUAUUGAAGUGAGCAGACUGCUUUUUUGUUCCACUCUCCCUGACUCUUUCUAUCCCCCUGACUCAGUACUGUCCCUUUUGUACUCAUUGCAUCUUGUAUCCCUGUUCAUUCCUUAUUGCCAUAUAUUCUCCUCCCAAUCUCCUGUGGAUAAAUCCAUUUGCAUUCAAUCACUUUUUGACUGCACCCCAUUUUGAUUUUAAUGAAACCUUCCAUUCAUAUUUGCCCAUUGUAGAAGUGCUCAGAAAGUGACUUUUUUGACCUGAAUGCCAAAACAUGCAAGAGAUACGUGCUCAUAUUUGACUCCUUUUGCAUACCCGCACCAUACAAUGACAUCCAUGUCUUCAUCACUGGAAAAGAUAAUCGGUUGAGAUUUGAUAAAAUUUUAAAGCUUGCAAACAGGGUUGUCGGACUUCUUAAUAAUUUAUUGGGGGAAAAAAAAUGUUUUGUAAUAAGUAUUUUUUUAUUUUUUAAAAAUAUUCAAAAAAAUGUGACAUGGAUGUCUCAUGGUAAGGUGGGGUAUGCAAAAUGUUUUGGCAUUCAGGUCCAAAAAGUCACCUUCUGACCACUUUUUCCGUGGGCCAACAUGUAUGGAAAGUUUUGUUUAAAACAAAAGGGAUGUUGUCAAAAAGUGAUUGAUUCAAAUGGAUUUACCGCUGUGUGUUAGUAAGGAACCAUGGAGAGAACUAUCAUGAUCUAAGAAUGGUUUUAUUGUGUUUCACACACAGCACUAGUGAUUGUGUGUGUAUGUCAUGCAGUAGCAAACAGUAGCAACCCUGCUCAAGAUUGUUUUGGCUUCAGUCUGACUCAUCUCCCCUAUCUGAAAUUAUGCUUCUUUCUGUUCAGUGUUCACUAAACAAAAUGUCUUAGAUAUUUUGCAGGAACAGAAAAUGCCUCUUUCUAUCCCCAAAUUGCCCCCCCCCCCCCUUUCUUGACAUGGCUCCUGAUGCUGAAAUGGUACUGUGUACUGCCCAGCUAGCCUCGUGUUGGGAAACUGCUAAGAUGUUUUGUCAUGUCUGAGUUUAGUUACCUUAUACGAAAUCAGGUUGUCGUGCUUGAAUAGCAGGAAGGGAGUAAGGGUGGAGGACUUAUUAGAAGAUUAUUCUACUUUUUUGGUUCAUAGUGUAACAAAACACGAUGAUGGUCAUUCAUUGGGUGGUCAAAUGAGGAAGCAACAAUGAGCAGUUUUCCUAGAAAAUGUUUGUCUAGUAGUGAUUGAAAUGAGAGGGACACGAAGGGAGCAACAUUUGGUCUGAUUAUUACUUUUAAAAAUGUAUUUCACCCCUUUUUUUGUACACGUUUCUCCCCCUGUAUGACUUCUGUUUCUACGUUUUUACAUAACUGUCAUUGUUUUGUUUGUUCUUUCAUUGUCCAGUAUUUGCAAGAGUGGUUUUAAAGUGACAUGCCUAUAUUCAGACGUCUUGGUGCGUGUAUGGAGAAGUAGAUUAUUGGCCAUACAGGAGUAGGUUAGGGUGCAGGAUUGUGCAUAUCAUGGAUUAUUCAUUAUAUCCCAUAUAUAAUUAUGGAUCUUUUUUUUAAUGGUCAUAGCUGCACAUCUGGUCUUUAGUACUAAUUUGCCAAAUAUUUUGAUUUGUAUGGAUCAAAUACCUGCUCCGGUCAUAUGCACUAUCCAGCGCCUAUCCUGUUCCCAUAUGGGCCAUAUUUGGAAAAACAAUGUAUUUCUCAACAGGGAAGCCUCAACAGAUUUGGUAAAAAGGAACUCCCCACUCGAUGCGCUCAUCUGGCUGCGUUUCCUGGGCAUGUUUUCUCCCUCAGUUCUAAAUGCAUGUUGGCGCCUACAUUUCCCAGGGAAACACUCAACUGUUGUCUUUUACUUAGGUGGGAAAAGGUGCCUGGGAAACAGUCAUUGUGCGAAACUUAACGGGUGGGUAUUUUUGUGUCCAUUUUAAGUUAUUUAAAUUAAUAAAUGAGAAUUAUUUGGGGAAAAAAGUGAAAAA